AUGAAAGGAGAUUCUAAUAAGCGUAAUAGGAAUAAGUAUUGUCGCUUCCAUAAAGAUCAUGGGCAUGAUACAGACGAGUGUUUUGAUUUAAAGCAGCAAAUUGAGAAUCUUAUAAGGCAAGGGAAGUUGAGAAAUUUCCUUGGACGAGACCAUAAGGACGAGAAAUUGAAAGGGAAGAUAGAAGAAUCAUCACGACCACCGCUCGGAGAAAUAAGAAUUAUCAUAGAGGGAAGUUCAGCAAGCCAGUCAUCCAAGUCAAAGAAAGCAUACCUGAAGGUAGUGCAGAGCGUCCAACUUUCUGGACAAUCACCAAAGGCAAGGUCCACGGACGAGCAAGCGAUCACUUUCACAGAUGAAGACGCCGAGAGAAUUCACCACCCUCAUGAUGAUGCUAUCGUCAUCACCUUACUUAUUGCUGACUACAUAACUAGAAGAGUGCUAGUGGACAACGGAAGCUCGGCAGACAUUUUAUAUUAUCCAGCUUUUCAGCAGAUGAGGGUUGGAGCAGAUCUAGAAGAGAAGAUUAAGAAGGACCUCAUCCAAUUCUUGAAGAAAAAUAUUGAUGUGUUUGCUUAG